AUGGAGAGGGUCUCCCCAGGUUCUCUUAUUGAAAUUGAAGUGCAGAAAGUAAGUAAAAAAAUGUGCUUCAAGAGAAUUUUUGUUGCUUUGCAACCCUAUGUUCAUGGAUUUUUAGAAGGGUGUAGACCUUACAUAGGAGUAGAUUCAACUAUGCUCACUGGUAAAUACACUGGACAAUUGGCCUCUGCCACCUCUGUAGAUGGUUACAACUGGUUAUUCUAUGUAGCUUUUGCUAUAUUUGAUUCUGAAACAGAAGACAACUGGACUUGGUUCAUGCAACUAUUGCAUAGAGUUAUAGGCAAUCGUCCAGGUUUAGUCAUUUCAACUAAUGCUUGUAAAGGAUUGGAAAGUGUUGUUGAUGCUGCCUUCCCUGAAGCUGAGCAUAGAGAGUGCAUGAGGCAUCUCUAUGGCAAUUUCAUGAAGAAAUAUCGAGGACCUAUUUUUACUCAACACUUAUAUCCAGCUGCAAGGUCUUACACUGGAGAUGGAUUCAGGUGGCACAUGCAGCAAAUAGCUGAGACAAGCCCAGAUGCUAUAGGCUGGCUUGAGAAACAUCAUGGAAGAAUAUGGUACAGAUGUGGGUUCUCAGAAGAAAGCAAAUGUGACUACCUGACAAACAAUGUUUCUGAGAGUUUCAAUAAGCAAAUCAAGCCAAUGAAGGCUCUGCUUCUUCAUGAGCUAGUAGAUGGACUGAGGGAGUUGAUAAUGGAGAACAUGGCCCUCAGGAGGAAUAUAGGAAGACUGAUGGAGGAUGGGAUCUUGCCAAAUGUGAUCAAGGACUUGAAUAAAGCAAGCAAUAGCCUAAGAGUUGUCAAGAUUGUUAGAGGUGAUGAUGACUUUGCAGAAGUCACACUUGUUCAUGCUGACAAUAUCACCAGGAGAUGUAAAAUAGAAUAUUAUGUCCAUGAUUACUACUCUGUGCAGAGGUUCAAGGCAACAUAUGCUGCCAUGAUACCUCCAAUGACAGAUAGGUCCCAGUGGCCUAUUGUGGACCUUGGUUACAAAGUGUUUCCACAACAGCAGAAGAGAGGUGCAGGGAGGCCUAGAGUUCAGAGAAUAAGAGGUGUUCUUGAACCAGGAAGAAGAACUGUUAAGUGUAGGAGAUGUGGAGACUUUGGACACUUUGAGAAGACAUGCAAGCUAGCUGAGGCAUCUGGUGUGGAGAGCAAUGAGGAGCGUGUGGGCCCAAGUCAAUCAACACCAAGGAAGAGAAAAAAAAUGGCUUCCACUGGGGAGGGUGAGAACCAAACGCCCAAGAAGCAGAAGAAGACACCCAAGAAGAAGAGGACACCCAAGAAGAGGAAAACACCAAAAAAGAAGAAGGCUAAACCAAGUGCACCAACUGCCAGUGUUGUCAAAAAGCUCUCGAAGUGGUUGAAGACCUGA